AUGCGCGUCCGGCGGACCACCGGCGUCCUCGCGCUCGUCGCCGCCGUGUUGGUCCAUGCACAUGCGCCUAGCAUGGCCUCGCCACCCGAGGUAGCGGCUCACUGCGCCGCGCCCAGCUUGGCGGCGAUGGCCGAAUCCGUGCUCCUGCAGACCUGCACGACGGCGCGCGAGAGCGGGCCGACCUCAAUGCGCGCUCUCGUCCGAGCCUACGUGCCUGUCGAAGCCAUAAUCGAUGGCCUCGAUGCUCUCUUUGCCAUGCCCGAGCUCUCAACCGACGUCGAUGUGGGCGAAGUCGCCCAUGCGCUCUCGGACGCCGUCGUCGCGUCCUGGGCCGCCUUUGUUACCUGGUGGUCGUUUGCCAAGCUACUGCUCGUGCCGCUGCUGGCGUACCUGGUCAUUGUCGUCGAUGUCUUGAUGCCGCAUGCCAAGACGUGCGCGUUGGCGCUCUGCGAUGCGUUCCUGGACCUCGACCUCGAGCUGCAAGUCGGCCUCGUCAGCAUCACGCUUUUCGUGUACAUGGCGCUUCGGCGCGGCUACUACCGCAAACUCGUCAAGCUCUACCUUCGCCUUCGCGCGACCUUGCGCCGACGGUACCAUCGAGCCUUGUCGCAAGUCUACGCCAAGUCCAAGCUCGCGGGCAUGGCCCUGCCCCACGCCGUGUUUGCCGUCGCCGCCUAUGUCUUCUUGCAAGUCGACGCGGUCGUCUUCGUGAUUGGCCACGAGAACGUUCUCAUCUUUUUCGCGCGCUGGCUGCCCGUGUUCAAGUCGAUGCAGACGGUCUUCUUACGGCGGCGAAAAGUGCUCACGGAGCCGCUCACGCAGACAGACGACGAGUACCUCGAGCAGUGCCUCCACGUGUGGAUCCCAUGGGCUUUCUACCACACCAGUGUCAGUCUUCUCUCGCUCGCGCUGCCGUCGUUCGUACUCUCCGUGUGCUCGAUCUCGCUCGUCCCGACCAAUGUAUUUCUGCUCUGGUUGUACCUCCCGCUCACCCGCGGCUACCGCGUCGUGUACGCUGCCAUUGCCGCGUACAUGCAUCCGUACGCCAACCGGCUGCCCGUCCACGGCGAAGCGGACGAGCACGCGUCGUCCAACAUGGUGCUGCGCGCGCUGACCGCGAUGGGCGCGCUCUCGGCGCGGUCGGCCAACUUUCUCCGAGACCUUCGCGCGCAAGGCCCGGCGCUGCUCGGACUGCUCUUCCUUGGGACGCCCGGGUUUCUGACGAUCCGCGGCUGCGACGUCAUUGCGCUGGCGUUUCCGGCGUACGUGGCCAUGGGCACGCUGGCGCUCGGGCACCGCCGCACGCACGAGUGGUGGGUGUGCUACUUUACGGUGGUUGCGAUCGUCGAGGCACUCUACGCGUCGCUCGAGGCCGUCUUUUGGUGGGUGCCCUUCUUUUACCAUACCAAGCUGCUCCUUAUGCUCUGGCUUCAAUUCCCGUACUUUCACGGCGCCCAAGUGGUCUUUGACGCGGUGUUUCACAGCGUCUUUGUCUUGCGCCCACGACGCCCUCGUCUCGCGACAGCCACCGCGGUCGAUGCCGCCGCGCUCUCGGAGGCUGCCACGUAA